AGAGAAAAAAAGAAUAUUCCUGCUCAACCAAGUAAGGGAUCCAGUACGGAGGGUCUUGUCACCAAUGAUAGCCCCCCACCAUCCAUGUCACCAGUUAUGAAGAAUAACCCACUAUAUGGCGACAUAAGUUUGGAGGAAGCUAUAGAAGAAAGAAAAAAGAAUCCUUCAUGGACCAUUGAGGAAUAUGACAAGCAUUCCCUGCACACAAACCUCUCUGGACAUCUGAAGGAAAAUCCUAAUGACCUACGGUUUUGGUUGGGAGACAUGUACACGCCAGGUUUUGACACCUUAUUGAAAAAGGAAAAGAAACAAGAGAAGCAAUCAAAAUUCUGUCGUAUGGGUCUGAUUUUACUCCUCGUUACCUCCAUCUUGGUUACCAUAGUGACUAUUAGCACUUUUUUCACCUAA